AAUAAAACUAUAAAAAAACCUAUCCCAAAAUGACUGGCCGAGAAUCGAAUCGCAUUAAAGAUGCCGAAAAGAAACGUGUACUCGAUGAAGCUGCUCGCCAAAGACGUGCCCGCAAAGCACUCGAAGCCCUAGAGCAAGAUAACUUUCAUGAUGACCCCCACGCCGAUUUGGUUAUGUCCAAAAAGGUACCCAAAUUUCAGGAUAAUUUAAAAAAUCCCAAAGAAAAUCGUAAAUCGAAACGUAAAGGUCCAGAAUAUUAUCGUGCAAAAUAUCGUAAAAAUUUCGCUCAACUUUUGGAUGAAGAGAAACAGUUGAAUCCGGAUCCACCAAAUUAUACAAGCGCAUUAGCACCGCCACCAUCAAAGCCGGCUCGACAUUUUUGUGCCGUUUGCGGUAAUUUCUCGAAAUAUUCAUGUACAGCUUGCGGUACGCGUUAUUGUUGUAUACGUUGUUUGGGUACCCACCAGGAUACGAGAUGUUUGAAAUGGACAGUUUAAAAA